AUGAAGGUUACACUUUCGACCAUCCUGCUGGUCGGCACGGCUUCUUUGGCCCUUGCCCACCCAGAACCAGAAGCCAAGAAGGCCAAGGCUGCCUUCACCCGCUGCGGUGUCCCCGGUCUCUCCUGCGGCAAGCGUGACGCAGACCCGAACCCAGAGGCCCUCGCAUAUGCCAAGAAAGCGAAGGGUGUCCUUACCCGCUGCGGUGUCCCUGGCAUCUCUUGCGGAAAGCGAGAGGCUGAGGCUGCGGCUCUCUUCCGAUGCACUGCACCAGGUAUCGCCUGCGGCAAGCGAGAGGCCGAUGCUUUCCUGAUCCCAGGUGUCUCCAGCAAGCGUGAGGCUGAGGCUGUCGCUGAGGCCAAAAAGGCCAAGGGUGUCCUCACCCGCUGCGGUGUCCCAGGUAUCUCUUGCGGCAAGCGUGACGCCGAGGCUGGUCAAGCCGGUUUCUGCGGUCUUCCCGGAGAAGCUUGCUCUCGCGCCAAGCGCUCCGCUCUCGCCAUUGCGGACGCUUUCGCUGAGGCAGACCCAGACCAGUCUGGUCUCUGCGGUGUCGACGGCCAGGCUUGCGCCAAGGCCCGCCGCUCCAUCAACGAGGUCGGUAUCGCCGCUGAGCACGUCUACAACACCGUGAGCGCCGCCGAGAAGCGCUACGUCAGCUACCACACCUACGACGAGAAGACCAAGCGAUGGGAGCCACCGAGCUGUGGUGUCCGUGGCUUCUCUUGCGCCAAGGCCCGCGACCAGCUCAUGUGGGAGCACAAGCGCUACGCUGAGGCGAAGAAGGCCAAGGGCGUCCUCACCAGAUGUGGUGUUCCCGGUAUCUCCUGCGGCAAGCGAGAGUUGGAGGAGGCCAGCAUUUUCGGCAGCCUUGAGCAGAGGGAGGCCAACGCCGACGCUGAGCCAGAGUACCAGUGCACCGCACCCGGUAUUGCUUGCUUCAAGCGUGAUGCUGAGGCGAAGAAAGCCAAGGCUGCCUUCACCCGCUGUGGUGUCCCCGGCUUGUCCUGCGGCCGUGACGCUGAGGCUGAGGCUGAGGCUGACCCAAAGAAGAAGUCAAAGAAGGCCAAGGCUGCUUUCACUCGCUGUGGUGUGCCCGGUCUGUCCUGCGGUAAGCGGGAUGCUGAUGCUGAGGCUCUGCCAUUGGCAAAGAAGGCGAAGGCCGCUUUCACCCGCUGUGGUGUCCCUGGCUUGUCCUGCGGCCGUGAUGCUGAGGCUGAGGCUGACCCAAAGAAGAAGUCAAAGAAGGCCAAGGCUGCUUUCACUCGCUGUGGUGUGCCCGGUCUCUCCUGCGGUAAGCGGGAUGUUUUCCGCUGCACUGCACCAGGCAUUGCUUGCGGAAGGAAGCGUGACGCCGAGGCUCUAGCUGAGGCUGACCCAAAGAAGGCCAAGGCUGCCUUCACUCGCUGCGGUGUGCCCGGUCUUUCCUGCGGCAAACGGGAGGCUGAGGCUGAGGCCAAGAAGGCUAAGGCUGCCUUCACCCGCUGUGGUGUUCCCGGUCUCUCCUGCGGCAAGCGAGACCUCGAGACGGAGCUUGCUCUUGAGUCGCGCUGUGGUGUCCGUGGCUACUCUUGCCCACUUGCCCGCGAGGCCAAGAAGGCCAAGGGUGUUCUCACCCGUUGCGGUGUCCCAGGUCUCUCCUGUGGCAAGCGGGACGACCUCGAGGAUACUGAGAUCGAGGCCAGAGAUGCCGAGGCCGAAGCCGAGCCAAAGGUUCUCCCCAAGAAGUUCAUCGUCCGCAAGGUUCCAAAGAAGGUCAGGGUCUCCAAGGGCGGUAUCCUCUACCGCUGCGGUGUCCCAGGUCUGUCUUGCGGAAAGCGCGACGUCGAGGCUGACGGCUUCGAGCCUGUUGCUGAGGUCAUCGACGAGGAGGAGAUUGAGGAUGUUGAGGCCAGAGACGCUGAGCCAAAGAAGGGCGGUCUCCUGUACCGCUGUGGUGUCCCUGGUCUGUCCUGCGGAAAGCGAGACCUCGAGGCUGACGGCUGGGAGGCAAUCACCGAGGACGACAUCGUUGGCGUCGCGGAGCGUGACGCCGAGGCAAAGAAGGCCAAGGGCGUCCUCACCCGCUGUGGUGUCCCUGGUAUCUCCUGCGGAAAGCGAGAGGCUGAGGCAGAGGCUGAGGCAGAGGCAGAGGCAAGAAAGAAGUCAAAGAAGGCCAAGGCUGCCUUCACCCGCUGUGGUGUCCCCGGUCUCUCCUGCGGAAAGCGAGAGGCUGAGGCAGACGCAAAGAAGGCCAAGGCUGCCUUCACCCGCUGUGGUGUCCCUGGUCUCUCCUGUGGCCGCGACGCAGAGCCCGAGGCAAAGAAGAAGUCAAAGAAGGCCAAGGCUGCAUUUACCCGCUGCGGUGUCCCCGGUCUUUCCUGCGGUCGCGACGUUGAGGCAGAGCACACUCUGCGCCUAGCCAUGGCCCGCGACGAGGAGGACUCCGGCCUUGAGUCAGGUGUCGAGGACCUCGCCAAGCGCUGCGGUAUCGCCGGCAUGUCCUGCACCCGCAACAUCGACGACGAGUUCCACAUCGACUCCAACGACGACCAGAACGGUUUCUGCGGUGUCAACGGUGAGGACUGCGCCACCACUCUCCGCCGUAACGCCGAGCCAAAGAAGGCCAAGGGUGUCUUUACCCGCUGCGGCGUUCCAGGUCUCAGCUGUGGCCGUGACGCCGAGGCUGGUGCUCUCAACGAGGAGGAUGUUGCUGCCGCCAUCACCGAGGCCAGCCCAGACUACUUCGAGGAUGAGUGCCACAAGCAGGGCGGUGAGUGCCACGCUAUCGCCAAGGCUCACCGCCUGUUCAUGGAGGCCAAGCGUGAGGCUGAGGAUGCUCUCGCCGAGGGCACCAACCUCGUUGCCCGCGCUGCUUUCUGCGACACUCACGACUGCACUUACGCCACCCGCCGAUGGAUCGAGGAGGCGGCCGAGCAGGCUGACGAUGCUUUCGAUGAGUACGAGGACUGCCACGCUGAGGACGGUGACUGCACUGUCGUUAAGCGUGCUCUUGACGAGCUUGAGGAGACGCUUGAGGCUGCCGUCAAGGCGCUCUAA